AUGGUAUCAUCUUUCAUAAAAUGCCUCUUCUUCAACAUCUCGUGCGAGACAAACUUAGGGAACCCGAACCCUAAAGAGUCCGGUUCCCUACUGGGUCUUUGGAAAUUCUUCCACGUUGGGUCCGGUAUGAAACUUUCCACGAUGUUGCAAGCUUUCUCGGGGCAGAAUUAUGGUGAACGUACAUAUGAAGAAAAAGGUAUAACGUCGGACGUGACUCACGAGAGAAUCGAUAAAACCAAUAAUCUAAAAUUGGAGAUGAAAUUGGGAAAGAAAAUAUUAUGGAAACACAAACGGAUUUCCACACAGCAAAUAUUUAUGUUUGAAAAUUGUAGUAGAGCACAAUACCGAACUGAAAACCUGACAUGCGAUAUGGAUCUACCAGUGAAAUAA